AUAACCUUGCAUUUGGGUUCGAGGGUUAUUCCGAACCAUUUUGGUGUAAAGAAAGUGGACACUUGUGUGGAGGCAGUAUGGCUAGUCGACUGUUGUUUUCGUCACUGAGGCAAGUGCAGAAACUUCAGAAGGCUUGUAUCCAUGGCCGUAGCCGGAUUGGAAAUCGUGAAGUUGUUGGAUUUGGGUACAAUGGCCAGUAUUCCUACCAAGACAGAGUUGAUUUCCCAAUGCCUGCAAUUCGCUUCAAAGAAAGCACUCCAGACAUUGUAGCUCUUCGAGAAAAAGAGAAGGGAGACUGGCGAAAAUUGACCUUGGAGGAGAAGAAAGCCCUCUACCGUGCCAGUUUUUGUUUGACAUUUUCUGAGAUUAAUGCUCCAACUGGUGAAUGGAAAUCUAUCGUUGGACUGGCAUGUGUAUUUAUGUCCAUUGGGAUUUGGAUUGUCAUCUUGGAGAAACUCUUUGUGUACAAAGAACUUCCUGCAUCAUUCUCUGAAGAAAGCAAAAAAGCACAACUCAAGCGUAUGAUUGACCUUAGAGUAAAUCCAAUAGAAGGCAUCGGUUCCAAAUAUGACUAUGAAAAGGGAGAAUGGAAGAAGUAAACUCAUGCAGUGUUAGGUACUUAGUUUGAUGUAGCAUCAAAACCAAUGACUCGGUCAAUCCAAAUCCAUGCGUAAAAAAUAAAACUAGGAGCAAUUUAUGUAUGUGUCUUUGUUCUAAAAUCUGUGAUUUCAUAAGAUGACAAAAUAGUGUGGUGCUUUCUGUGGUGGGUAUUAUAAAUUGUGCUUUUAAGAAGUACAGACUAUGGAUUUUCUGAUGUCAGAAAUGUGAAAGAAAUAAAAUAUGCAUUUCCAUCAUUUUGCUUUUAGCAUUCUAGUAAUGAAGGUAAUAGAACAGUUCACCUUUAUCUGCUCUUUGUUGGAUGCGUGGAUGUACAGAGAUUGCAUAAAUAUGUUGAUAGUUAUGCAAUAAAAGGUAACUUAUACAAA